AUUAUUUUAAACAUAACUGUAAGUGAUAUUUUAUUAUUUGUUAGGUAGCUUUAAAAGCUCUUCAUUCAUUGUUCAACCAUAGAUCUAAAAUGGGAUUAAUGGGUAAUCAUUUGGACGUGGCCUCUGGAUUAUGGAUUGCACAUGAUUCAGGCAUUGGUGGUGGGAUUGAUUCAUAUUUUGAGUACUUAGUUAAAGGCUCUUUGCUAUUUAACCUGCCUCAUUUAAGAAGCAUGUUCGAUGAGUUAAGAAAGCCUAUUGAUAAAUACUCAGCAACUUCCACAGGGUGGUAUUUUUGGGUGAACAUGCAAAAAGGCCAAGUAACAAUGCCCAUAUAUCAGUCAUUAGAAUCAUAUUGGCCAGGGCUUUUAAGUCUAAUAGGUGAUAUAGAUAUUGCCAUGAAAUCGAUGUCAAAUUAUCAUGAUGUACUUAAAUUAUACGGUUUUACUCCUGAAGUUUACAACGUUGUCAAUCAGGAGGCUGCUAGAGAUUCAUUCCCAUUACGACCGGAAUUAGUCGAGUCUGCCAUGUAUCUGUACAAGGCAACUAACGGAGAUCCUUAUUUACUAGAUAUAGGUAGCGACAUUCUACGUUCCAUUCAACACAGUAGCCGCACGCGAUGUGGAUAUGCCACGAUUAAAAGUUGCAAAAAACAUUCUCUUCAAAAUAGGAUGGAGUCAUUUUUCCUUGCUGAAACAACCAAGUACCUUUAUUUACUUUUCGACCCCGAUAACUUUAUACAUAAUGAUGGAAGUCAUGGUAAAGUUUGGAAAACAGCCAGGGGUCGUGAAUGCAUAGUCGACGCAGGUGGAUACGUUUUUAACACAGAGGCUCAUCCUAUAGAUCCCGGAAUAUUGCACUGUUGUUACAUGGCUGACAACAACCAUUGGUCGCAUCGUCAACAGCCAAAAUAUAAACGUUUUAUGAAGUCGUCCAUGGUAGUUGACCAAAAAAAAGAAUCAACCAAUCAAG